AUGGUGCAGCGACUGGCGAAUGCCAGGCAACUGCGUAUUCGGCAGCAAGCACGCGAGGAGAACAAGUGGAACGUGGCAUUGUCUGGAAUGGGCGAACAAGUGGUAAAAGCAUCUGGCAACCAACGAUUGCGCCUACAGAUGGAGCAUGCCGAUUUGCUUUACAAUGCCGGGUUCUGGGAGGAGGCUCUGGAACAGAUAACUGCAGUGCAGAAGGCUGUCCCUGACAAUUUGGACGUAAUCCUGGCCGUAGCAAAGAUCUUGAGCAAGGUGGGUCGGGUGGAGGAGAUCAUGGGCCUCGAGAGCCUUGUGAGGCGUAUUUGUUGUGAUCCAGAGGAUUUCCGAUUGGAGUGCGAGCUGCUCUCUCGGCUGGGCAGGUAUAAAUCUGAAGCGGAUGCGGCUCCACCAGAUGUCGGCACCGAGCGAAGAAUCGAGAAUUAUGCCAUCUGGCGCUUGGACUCCGUAACUCUGGUGUCCAAGCAUUCAGCUGUCUACCACUUUACCUCGAAGGACCGCAUACGUGGCACUCCUAAUCCACGGGGUCGUGGACGAAGCAUUUGGCCCAAGACGUGGCAUAUCACCUUACUGGCUAAAGUGGGUGCCAAUGCCGAAGGGCCCCUUGGUUGGAUAGAGCGUGACUACACGCCCAUCAGCACCUGCCACGAAUGGGAGCAGGGGAAGUGCGACAUUUUAAUCAAGAUCUACGGUGACGGUCAGGCCACCUCCUGGUUGAGGGAACAGCCUCUUGGAAGCCGUAUCUGGCUCUCUCAGCCUAUGAGGACUUUGGGUGUUCCUAGCCUUGUUCCCAACUUGGAUGAAACAACGUUCCGGCCAGCCAGCUACCUUCUACUGCUGGCGGGGACUGGCAUCGUAGUAGCUGCACAGGUCUUGCAUCACGCUGAGCCAGGCAAGUGCUUCGGCUCCUUUCCAGUCCUCACUUCUCCAAUCAGGCUCGUGCAGUCCUGCCGGUCAGAUGAUGUUCUGAUGAUCUCCGAGCUAGCGGAGAGCUGUACAAAGGGCAGGCUGCAAAGCUGGGCGCUUUUCGUCACAGAGGCCAGAGCUGGGAUGACUCCCUUUCCGGAGGCGAAGGAAACAGACCUGUCCAGUCUCGCGCAGUGCUCGAAUGUAACUCUGCAUGAUUCGCGGCUCUCAAGAGAUUUCAUUGGGAAGGAGUUGCAGAUGUGCCAGAAGCCAUGUAGAGUUGUGGUCUCAGGGCCUGCAAGCUUCAACGCCGCCUGUAAAACCAUGCUGCAGGAGUUGGCUUGCGACCUGAACGCCGUCACGAUUUUAAGCGCUUAG